AAACGGAAAAUGAUUUUUUGGCGGCAGUGGCAUCCCCAUUUUAUGAUCCGCGAAGCGCGAACGAACGCGAAAAGACAACGCAACUCAACAAGCUUUGACAGCCAUUCGCUCAUUAAAAAUAUUUCUGACUUUCUGUUCUCUACAUUUAACCGUUGAAGCAUGUCUAACAACGGUGCUGGUGGUCGUAAGAGGGCUAAUGCGGCAACUUCAGGCCGUGCCACCAAGAUCCGUAAGCCCCGCAAGCCGUCACCUGAUGAUGAAGACAGUAACGACAGCAACAUCAGUGACCAAAUGCCUCAGGAGCAACGGAGCCCCUCCCCGAUGCCUGAUGAGCCUAUGGUCAAGUUGCCAGAGGAGCUGCUGAAGACCUUCAUCAAGCCGGCCGGGCGGCUGCUGAUCUCAGGCAUGGUGUCGUGGGACCUGGUGGCCAAGCGCGACAACAACCCCGCCAACCGCUCGCACCCCAACCUCUACACCUUCCAUAAGUUCACCGACCGUCGGUACCGUCUGAUCAUCAGCGGGUGUGGUUCCGCCCACUCGGUGCUCAUCUCGGAGGAAGGCGAGGCCUACACCCUAGGUCGCAACAACGCAGGCCAGCUGGGCCACGGGGACACGACGACGCGCAACCUGCCGGAGCUGGUGCCUGCGCUGAAGGGCAUGAACAUCAUCCAUGCGGCCUGCGGACGGAACCACACGCUCUUUGUCACAGACACGGGCGCCGUGUACGCGUGUGGAGAGAACAAGAGCGGGCAGUGCGGCCUGGGCAACACGACGCCGCAGAUUCUGAAGCCCACCAGGAUCCGAUACCACGGCGCUCCGAUAGUGAAGGUGGGCUGCGGCGCCGAGUUCUCGAUGAUACUCGACUGCAACGGAGCCCUGCACUCCUUCGGACUGCCCGAGUAUGGACAACUGGGCCACAACACGGACGGCAAGUACUUCGUGACGUCGACGAAGCUCUCCUACCACUUCGAGACUACGCCGAAGCACAUCGCGCUUUUCUUCGAGAAGUCCAAGGACGGCCACGUGUCGCCGGUUAAAGACGUCGAUAUCGUCGACUUCUCGUGCGGACUCAACCACACUGUGGCCAUAGACUCGAAGAAGCGCGCCUACAGCUGGGGCUUCGGCGGCUUCGGGCGGCUCGGCCACGCCGAGCAGAAGGACGAGAGCGUGCCUCGCCUCAUCAAGUACUUCGAGACGUCGGCCCGCGGCGCGCGCUCUGUGCACUGUGGCGCCACCUACAGUCUCGCUGUCAACGAGCUAGGUGUGCUGUUCUUGUUUGGCCAAACCAAGAGGACUGGUGAGGCGAACAUGUAUCCCAAACCCGUGCAAGAUCUGACCGGUUGGAACAUCCGCAGCGUGGGCACUAGUUACACGUCGAUCGUGAUCGCGGCCGACGACUCGCUCAUCGCUUGGGGCGUCUCGCCUACAUACGGAGAACUGGGUACUGGAGAGAUAACCAAGUCUACGGCCAGACCCAAGGAGGUGAGUCGCAUGGACGGCCUGAACAUCACCCAGGUGGCCAUGGGCUACUCGCACACGCUGCUCAUCGCUGAAGACUCCUCCGACGAGGUCAAACAGAAGCUAGAGAAGCUGCCAGUCUUCGAACCCUAAGCUGGAACUCAGCAUUCCGGUGGGCAUUCGUAACCACUGGUAACUUAGCAUAAGGAAACUGAUGAAGCAUUGGUUUCAACGGCAGAAUGGCCUGGCCAGUCAGUUUUUUUAAUUUAAUGUAGUGGAGGUUUCCACUAAUUACAAUUAGCUUUAGGCCAUAGCAGCGGUAGCGCCACUUACUUUGUUGGUGUGGCGUGUAUCAACUAGUUUUCGGUGAAGCAGGAUUAUUUAUCAUGAUUUUGUGUUUUUAUAGGUGUUAAGUUUUUGCUUGCCUACUAUACAAUACAUACAGCACUGUACUAUUUAAUAAGAAAAGAAAGCUAUUACAACAAUACAAGCGAAUCUACCAUAGGGAUUGUAAUUCGAUAUAACGCACGGAUUAACUAUGAUUUCUUAGAGUACAAAAAUCAAAGAAAACUCAUUAAUUUGAAGAGUUAUUGUGUAUUUGUCAUUGUUUUCAUUUUCACCAUAGAACAGCUAAUUCCACUGCCGACAGUAUAAAAAGUAAAUAUUUUCAACUAAAGCGAUUGACGCUACACUUCCACGAUAUUUUACUGCAACAUUUACCUAUAUUAUUUACAAGCAUAAUUUGCCAUCACCAACUCAUGGUGUCCCCUAUAAAUUUAUCAAACUUACAACAUACUUACAACACUGUUUGCCAUUUCAGUAGCGCGAUAAUGACCAAGAGUACUCCUAUUAUAGUUAUACCAGCGUUUUUACAGUAUCAAUGAC